GAUCUCGAGCGAAUGAACUGCGUUCGAUAGGCUGCCCGUCACGAUGGGCAGCCAAAUAGGCCAAUGGCCGAGCAAGGCGGGGCGGCCGGCUCUCCCCGCGGCGCGGUUGGAGCGGUGUUGUGGUGUGGAGCUGCUGAGUGCCACCAUGUUCCAGGGCGCUGAGGCUGAGGCGGCCAAGCCUAGCUCCAGGGUACUGAAGCCCCCAGGGGGAGAUUCUAGUAAUCUCUUUGGGAGUACAGAAGAAGUGUCUUCUUCAAGCAGGCCACACCGGAUGGCAUCCAGUAUCUUUGGAGCCUCAGAAAAACCUCAGAACAUUCCAAAAAGAACAAACCCUCCAGGAGGAAAAGAAAGUGGCAUUUUUGAGGACUCUAGUUCUGCUCAGCCUCGUCCACGCUUGAAUCCACCUGGUGGGAAGACAAGCGAUAUCUUUGGGUCUCCUGUCUCUCCCAGCAUUGUGCGAGCACACCCGAACAAACCCAAGGAUCACAUGGUCUUAAAAGAAGAGGAAAUACCAAAGAAGCUAGAAGCUACAGAAAAUACCAAACCACAGCUGGAAGACGGAGGCGAGAAAAAAGCUCUGGGCAAAGAGGAGCAAUGCAAGGAGCCAGAACCCAAGAUAGACAAUCACGAACCGCGACUAGGGCCAAGGCCACGCUCACACAAUAAAGUCCUCAAUCCGCCAGGGGGGAAAUCCAGCAUUGCGUUCUAUUAGGGUCAUCGUGUCACUGUCAGUAAUGGAGAAAGUCUUGUCUAUGCCGGUGAGGUCAGUUUAUACACUAUUGCUUGUGAAUAGAUUCUUAGGCAAAUGGAUGAGGGUUAUGUUAGAGCAUGUAGGAAGGAUAACCUGGUGAUUUGGGGAGGGAAUGGGUGCCUUGUGGAAGAUGUGAGUACUGGCCUGCCUGGGUGGGUGGCAGAGCCAGACAUUAGUGUAACUUAGUGAAAAAUCAGUGCUACUUAGUGGUAAGUUCCUCAGACUGUUAGGUUCUUAGCUAGCUUGUGGCUCAGGAGGCUCUUGUGGAAUCAGGCUUCCAUAUAGUCAACAUGUCAAACAUUGUGAUUGGGAAGGGCCUGAAGGUUGCACUUGAAGCUUCUGAAGUAAAGCAGGUAGGCUGGGCUUUCCCCUAAGCAAUGGGAUGCAGCUUCCAGCGUGAGCUGACUUGCAGUUAUAUGAAUAUAAAUAUGUUCCACAGGAACAAGUACUGCUGCCAUGGUUAAGAGUGUUUUCAGUCAUUGCUUUUUUUUCUCCUUUCUUGCUUGCAGCACAUGAUUGCUGAUACAAGGACAAAAUAUGCAAAAAAAUUUUUUUAUACUCAUAAACAAUCAUAUGUUUGUAAAGACUGUGGUCUUCCCCUGUCUAGGUAUUCAGGUCUUUUGGAUGCCUUUAGUUAUUUGCUGAUUACUGUGACUAGCUCUUCACAUGUGGAGUCCAACUUGCUGUUUCAUGUAGGUGCUUCUAGUUGAGUGCUUGUAUGUUUUCUGGUAAAGAUGUGGGUGCAAACAAUAGCUUUAUGGUACUCUUUGAACAGAGGCAACUUUGAAGUUUACCACAGAGCAUAGGCUGAGGUGUUAGCCAGGUCACUCUGACCCAGCCUUUGUAGAAAGAGCUUAGCUUCAGCACAUGUUUUCACUUGGCUCCCUGUGGAAACCAGGACAGUUCUCCUGUUUCCACCACAGUGAAUUUCCUGUUGGUUUUGCCUGUGCUGAGUCUGUUAGUGAAUUCUCCUGUCUUUCAUCAGCCUUACCUUUGCCUUUGUCUCAGAUUUUUGUUAAGAAAACUAUGUAAGUUCUCCCCAACCUAGAGCUGUAGUUGAUUUUGCUGUAGAUUAUCUUAGUUGGAAAAUCAAAGACAGCACAAACAGAGGGUUUGUAUUACUAAAAUCUGUCAUAAAUCAUGUUUGGAAGAUGUGCAUGUUUUGCACAGAUGUUUUUGGGGGAGGGUUUGUUCCCUGAAUUGAUUGAUGAUCCUAUCCAGAGCUUUGAUACAUGAAUGUUAACUCUAGGUGCUUACUGUUAAAUAUAUUGAAUACUGCCCUUUUAAAUCUGACAUAUCAAAACAUUUCUUGCAUUUCUUUCUUUGGAAUCUAAGUAAUGUUUUCAGCCCCGUCAGGUACACCAAAGAACAAGUGGCCUUACUGUGUAUAUCCACUGCUGUUCUAGCCCACAGUCCUUGGGAACUGCUGCCAUUGAGACAGGAUGGGCCAGCUGCUAAACCUUUCUGUGAUUGUAAUGCUUCUUAGGCCGCACAAUUCCCUUGUGUCAGCAGCGGUGGGUGAGUGCUUUAAGACUUAGCUGCCUUUUCAAAUAGUGAAACAUAUGGGGCAGUGCUAGGAUAGAAACAGCCAUGGAAAGUAGGGAUUUGAAUGCCUUUGUACCUUUCAGAUUGGUUUGGAGCUGCCUGUUAAUUUUCCCCCCAGGAAAACAAGGCAGUAGUUCAAACUGCAACCAUGGAAUGAACUUAAGUUAGUUCCAACUAUGUACUUCUUAGCGCCUCUUCCUGAGUCUCUGCUCUCCAGCCUCUGGCUGAGUCUCAGACACAUUAGCCAUUUCAGUUCCUUGUUCCACUACUUGACAGGAAGCUGUCAUAUAGAAAAGUCAACCAAAGGCUGCUUCCUACAUUGCAGGCUGUGGUGUAGCUGAUGGUAUCUGCAAUACCAAGCAUUUGGCAUCUUUUAUUUAGUACCUGAUGUGCACUGGCUUCAGUGCCUGUCCUUUAAGGAGCAACUUCUAACUAGGCCUUAAAUUAGUUACAUUCUGUUAAAUUUCUUGCAUUUCUUUCUUUGGAACCUAAGCAAUGUUUUCAGCUCUUCAAGUAAGGUAGAUCUGAGAAUUUCUCUGGGACAGAAGGGGAUUUGGAAUCAACUGACAGAACAUGCAGUUACCAAUAAACAAGUAUUUUGUCACUUCAUUGUGUGCUAUAGAUGCCUGCUUUUAUAAAUUGGUCAGUACUCUAUUUCACCAUAGAUACACUGGUGAAUUUUAUGGUCUGAAAUGGGAAAAAUUGCACAUAUAUUUUCCAGCUUUCCAUACAUGGGACUGUACUCAGGAGCUGUGACAUCCUGCCCAAGGCUGCACAUGAGACAGAUGCCUCUUAUCCCUGGGGAGUGGUAGGACAGUAGCAAGAGCUCAGCUUAAUGCCUUUUUGUGGGCAGCAUUCCAUGAUGUUCUGUACCACACUGGGAUUCUGCUAUGUUCUUCAGCAAUAUUGUAAAUAUAAUUAGAUAUUCAAAUAUUUUAAAUAGUUAAGGCUAUUUGUAGAAAAACAUAGUAAUUCCCCUUGAACGAGUGAUACUCUUUAUGUGGAGAAGUCAUACCCUCACUUGUGUGUUUCUAGUGAGCGCAUAAAACACCCUUCAUGUACCAGACUGCCUUGGCUGACAGAGGAGGGAACUCCAGCUACUACAGACAUUGCAAUUCUGGGUGAGAUGGACACAGUGACCUCUCAGCCAGGAUGUUGUGUGUCUGCGGCAUUCAUCCCUGAACUUCCAGACUGUAAUGCUCACAGAGCCUCUUGGCCAGCCCUCACUCAAGAGUGACUUCUAUGUUUGGCCAUUUACAGUUCAGAACUCUCCUCUGAAACAUAUACAGUUUGGGUGGGAUCUGCAUAGUGUGAGAAUGUGGCAAUGUCCUUGAUAAAUAGCACAUUAGCAAUGAAGUAGUUUCUUUCCUUUGAGCUGCAGCCAAGAGUAGACAGCAGUAUAGCUCUAGUUUGCAACUGUGUGUGUUACCUCAUUGCUUUCCCCAAAACUGUCGGUUUGUAGCUAAACACUUGGGAUAGAAUGUUAUCGGAGUUGUUGCUUCAGUCUGGGAAGGAAAAUUAUGGUGUCCAUAGCGAGCUUAGCCUAAGAAGUGGUUAAAGGAGGAUUUUGCAUGCUUUAGUGAGUCAUGUGUGGUUCUACGCAUAUGUGUUGCUUAGUCCCUAAAUAUGUCACUGUGUCUGUCCUGAACAAGAGCUCACAGCUCUAGUGAACUGGCCAGCUGCAGUGUGUCAUCCCUUCUGAUCCUCAUGUGUACCAGUUAACCCAGAUCAUGCAUGUUUUUUCCCUGUGAAGACUGCUGGCUACUGUACAAAACCUUUUAAGUUGGCACAGUCUGAUACUGUCCAUCUGUUGCAUCACACCCUGCAUUGCACUUUCAAUGAAGAAGAUUAAUGUCCUCUCUGUUGGUGUUUUAAGCAACAUUAUUGUGAGUUUUUUAAAUUAUUUAUAAUGGCUAAUUAGACUUGGAAUAUCCAAAGUACAUUCUUGGGGCUUGUCUAGUGAGAGAAGAUAUAUAAAGUAGUGAUGUGUGGAGACAAUUAUUUAAGCACUAAAUGAGUAACUUCUGUAGUAUGUUCCCUGGAAGGCUGUACAAUAUGAUCACACUGGUGUAUGGAUGUCCAAGUAUCUUGGCUACCUGGGUGAUUGUGUAUUGGAGUUGGCCACCCAGUGAAUUUCAGCAUGAAGUUUUGCUGAAACCAUGUAUCACUUCCCUUUGGAAAAGGUGAUGGAUUAAAUGUCAUUGAGACUGGAAUUUUCCAUUUUUUCUUAAGGCGCAAAGACAGGUCACAGCAUCCUGGCUGGGGGAGAUUUGGUCACAUGUAAGCUGUUUCUGUCAUUACUGGUUAUCAGCUGUGCAAGAAGUAGACUGGGUAACAAUUCAUUGCUGGCCAAAAACUGAUGCCUAGAAGCCUCCCAGCAGGCUAAGCUGGCUGCCUAGGCUCUGCCCAGUCGCCACUCCUCCUUUUGAACACAGUUGAUGAGCAGGAAGAGGCAGAUUUAAAUUAUUGGGCUAAAUUAGUAGCCCUGAUUAUUUUUGUAGUUUUAUCUUGCUUCUGGGAAUUAACACAGUCUCAUGUUGAAUUUGCUUUCCCUUUCUUUCAAGUUCCUUAUAUUGCUAGCUGGACAACCUCUUCUUCCUCAAGCAGAUUGAAAUACUCUCCAUAGCCAGCAAGAAUGCAGGAAUUUGCAUUACUUAUCAGCCUCUCUAGGUCCAGCUGCCUUCUAAUUCUGGUGUCUUACCCACUGCUUUCAUCCUUCCUCCUACAUAUACAGACAUUAGAAGUAGUAGCUGUGCUGCCUUUGGCUUCUCCGUGACCCCUCCUCUACUGCUGCUUGGGUGUGUGCUAUGUGCCACUUAAGCCAAAACCACAGACUGCUCUGUGUCCAGGUGUAUCAGAAGCACAGGGGCCUGUUGAAGUAAUGGGAACUUGUCGUUAUGCCAGGUUCUUCAUGAAGAUCAUAAAAAUGAUGGCUUUUUCUCCACUGUCUUGUCCCGCAGACUUAUAUAAAUGUGUGCUCUACUGUGACACUGUUUAACGUCCUGGCUGCUGGGAGCAUGCGCUUGGGCAUGAAGGGCAACACAAGUCCAAGUGUGAACUGCCUGCACUAUUGUCCACUUUCAGGCUUCAGUCUGUAUUUUGCAAGUCUCAAUGCACUGUGUGCAGUUUUGGCCUGCCUAGUACAAGACAAAUGUGAUUUAGGGAAUGCAGUGAUGGGCCACAAAGGUGAUAAAGAGACUGGAGCAUCUGUCACAGGAGGAGGGGCUGAAAGAGCUGGGGCUGCUCAAGAAGGUUCGGGGAGAUCUGGCCAGUGUGCUCAAGUCCCUGCUGGGAGGAAGCAAGGAUGAGGGGGCCAGACUUUGCUGUGGACAGGAGGCAAUGGGAAAAAGAGAAACCACACAGAAUUCCAUCUGAACACAAGGAUGUACAUUUUUCCUGUGAGUGGUCAGAUACUGGGACAGGUGGCCCAGAGAUGCUGCAGAGUCUUAAUCCAUGGAGAUGUUCAAACUCUGCUCUGUACUCUGCCUUCUGCUCCAUGUUGAUUCUUUAGGGUUAUUUGUUUGCUAAGCAAAGAUGCCAGGCUUGCAGAGCUAGUGACUUCAAACUGUGACUGUGAAACCUGCUCAGCAGAAACCCAGGGCAGCAGUAAUACGCCAUCCAGAUGUAGGUGUGUAGCCACAAUACACCCAGCUACAAUUGGGAACUCACAGUAGCAAAGGAGUAAGUGAUUUUCAGCCAGCUGGUAGAGACCAGCAGGGGCACAGACGUGAAUGCCAAGAGAGUGAAGACUGGCAGAGUCAGCAUGGCACAGACAAUAGCAAGGACACCUCAGUCCAACACAGUGGUGGUGAAGGGAAUGAACAGAAAAUCCCUUCCAGGGGACCCUGCUUCCCAUGGGUCCUAGUGGCACAUGGGGCUGCGCAGAGUGGGCUGGCAGGAGUGGCAGUGACACGGCAUUUCCUUGGCUGUUAGCAGUGUAGCAGACCAGCUGUUCUACCUCUUGCAUAGGCUUCUGAACUGAGAACUGAAGUGUUAGUAGGUGUCCGGCACUCAAGCAAAACCACAGGUUUUAACAAAGGGGAAGGGAAAACAUCGUUAUACCAUGAUAAUUACGGAAAUAAGGAAUGAAAGCUGUUUGACAAAACAGGGCCUGAUUGCAUGAAAGUUGUCCUUUCCCACUUGCAAAGCUUAUCCCAGUCCUUUCUGUUUCCGUCUCAGGCUUCCCAAAACACUCAGCCAUAUACCACAGGUUGAUGCUACCAUAGCGCAAUUACAGGACAGAGGUAAAAACAGGGGAAUGUUACUUCUUGUAAUUUAAGUCAGGUUAAGGUGCGUCUCGCAGUUUGCAAGGAUAUAAAGGACUCCUCGUUCAGCCACAACAGGUGAAAUUCUGUUUGAGGGGGCUGUAGCGGACAUUUCAAAAAAUCAGGAACAAGUUAUCAGCAAGUGCUUCAUGUUUUGGGUACUCACAAUUAAUAUGCCAACUGCUACAGAGAGAAUGAGGGAGCUGUCGUAUACUGCCCCAAAAAUGUAAGCAGCUGCCUCCUGAUUUUAACCAGAAUAUUUAUCCUGGAUAAACUUGCUUAAAAUAAAAUGAAGCCAAGAAAAUAAAA